AUGACUGCAGCCGGGACAUUACUAUUGCUCCUCGCCGUUGUGAAAUGUAUCCCAGCAGUACGUCUCAAGUGCGACGAUCGCGUUUGUAUCGUGUACAAUCUUCGAUCGAGUCUGGAUUCGUUCGUGUAUCGAUAUUUUCCAAAAAAAACCGACACAUUGGUACACAAACAUCUGCAGGUGGAGCAUGCUGAUCGAGCCUUUCUGGAAGACAUCCAGUCGGUGUCACCCAUCGAGUCGGUGGUUAUAACGGAUUCCGACCGGUUAGUGAGGAUAAGCAUCGCGGGCCGUUUCAAUGCAUCGUCACUAACCAUUACACAUACCAGCUUGACUUGCGUUGAUGUGGAGGAAGAAAACCACCAACUACAGCAACUGCUGAUCUUAAACAGCAAGCUAACCAGUGUGCCGAAAACGAUCGAUCAGCUACAGAGUUUGGUAACGCUACGAAUUAAGAACUGUCUCCUCGUGGAGCUAGAUUUAACACACUUUUGUCUAAUGCCAAAGCUUUACUAUUUGGACGUAAGAAACAACCGUAUUUCGACCGUCAUUCGAACUCCAGCUAAGAAUGAUCGUUGCGAUGCGCACGUGGUGUACAUCUAUCUAGUGCAAAAUAAGCUGUCAAGCGUAAAUAUGACCAUGUUCGAUGACUUCGCUCGGUUGCGCUAUUUGGAUCUGUGUAACAAUCUGCUACAAUCACUUACCGGGUCCUUCGUUGCGCCUGUGCUGGAAGAUCUUAGACUGGCAAACAAUAAUCUAACAACACUAAGCUUCUGCCACUGGUAUGUCCCGCAGUUAAGCCGGAUAAUCAUCAACAAGAAUGCACUCAUUAACGUUCCGGAAUGUUUGGCAAAUGUUGCAAAUGCCUCGGACCUGGUUUUGUGUAGUAACAAAAUAUCCACUGUAAAGCUGGACAGUUUUGCUAUGAUGGACAAAUUGCUCUAUCUGGAUGUGUGCUGGAAUCGGCUAACGUCGGUGAUACUGAACAGUACCAAUUAUCCCAGCUCGUUAGCAACGAUUAAUUUGAGCUACAAUAGACUCACGCAGCUCGAUUUAUCGUGGGUACCGUUGCGCAAUUUGCUCCUUAUGGUAAAUCACAAUUUUAUUUCACGAUUUGAUGUUAGCAAAGUGUCCUGUAAUGUCACUAGAUGCAUCAUGACCGGGAAUCCGAUCGACUGUUCCUGGAGCGAUGUACCCGAUGAUCCUGGAGCGAGUUUUACCGGUCGAGCGUCUGUACAGUGCGUGCAGAAUGGGGAUUAG